AUGCAACACACACUCCGCCCGUGCUCCCUUCGGAACCACCAUCCAUUCCAUAGCUUGACUGGUGUACGAUGCCGCAAGUUGACACAUCACUGUAGGGCAGGGCCCGACUCGGCCUUUGGAGAAGAUGUCUUGGCAAGACUUAAAGCAGCCGAGGAGGAAGCUGCUCGGCUUCGAAAGGAACUCGCAGCAGCGCAAGCAGCAAAGCAGGGUGGUCAGGACCCAGUAGAAAAGGAAGGCAAACCAGUACGUAUCGACUCCGUGGACAACCGGGAAACCCUCUUUGGAGGCGGCCCUCGCACUACGUGGCUGUCCGAGAAGGACGUGGAAUUUUUCAGCGGUCCUGCGGGCGUCCGUGAGGAGGAUGCCUCCACAGAAGCGCCAGAGUAUAAGGCAACUGUCCAGCGUCGCUUGCUUAUCGGCGGCGUGCUGACGUUGGGGCUCGGGGCGUUCGCGCUCAUCCCCACCGAAGCACUGAGGCCCAAGCCCAGCAAGCCCAUGUACUUCUACUUGGUCCCUCUGCUGCGAAUCCAGGAGCUCCUGGUCGACUGCCGUGCCAUUAUCGAGGAUGCGGACUGGGACCAGCUCCGCCAGGCGUUAUCUCGCAUUGAGGGGCCCCCCAACAACGUCCGACAAAACCUUGACAACAUCAUUGCGCUCAUACCCGAGGCAAAGACCGCAACCCGUGUUCAGGAGCUGUCCGCGGACUUGUACGAGUACCUGCGCAGCCUGGACUACCAGCAGUACUUUGAUGCGAUUCCUCAGAAGGCAAUCAGCGGUGCGCAGAAUGCUCAGUACGCCCAAUUCAGCUUGUCAGCGCUGAAGGCGGCACAGGGCAAGUUGGGCGAGCUGCUUCUUCUGGUACCUAGGGACCAAUUAGACCUGGCACGCGACCAGCUGGCUGUCGGGUAUUAGCCGCCUCGUCUAGCAACGCGACCAGCUGGCUGUUGAGGGCUUGGCUUGCAACCGAGACGGCGUCAGGUUGUAUGGAUCAGACGUGCUGAGCUGGUCGGUACGGCGACUUGAGCGCUGCUCGGAUGGUUGCGGUAUCCAUCCAUCCACUACUCAAGAAGGCAACGUUGGUGCAUCGAGCGUGUUGGCAGUCGCGGAAGAAGUGGGUUGCUUGUCUUGUUGACGUGGAUGAGAGGUAUACGCGAUGGAAUUCUCGGGAGUGCGUGCGAGAAAGUUUGCCAUUGGUCGUGGCAGCUAUAUGCAGUUUUGGCGUCUGGCGCGUACGUGUUUCACGAGGUGGCCUGCUAGCUGUGCUAAGCCGAGUUACCUCUAAACAUGCGCGAAAGUGUACUUGAAAGCCUUUUUCAGCAGUC